AUGCUGCGCUACUCGGUAUUGUCAAGUCAGACUCGGCUGCUGUCUGCGAGCAGACAGCGAAGUGCGACGCAAUUGCUUGCGAAUCCCAUUGCAAGCAACCGCACCACCACCGGCCAGAGAUUUUUCGCAGACCCAAAGAAUGUCCAGCCAAGCAGUCCGACACCGGUGACGCCCGAAUCAAAGUCGGUAGUCCCUCCUCAGACUGUUAGCCCGGUUACUACGACGCCCACUGCGCAGGUUCAGACUUCUCCUCCAACUUCUAUACAACCACCUCAACCACCGGUGGAAACCCCGAGCAGCAGCCCAAUUCCGCCACCUACACCCAAGAGAAAAGGGCGUUUCCGACGGUUCCUCCUCUACCUCAUCCUCACAUCAGGUAUAGCUUACGGUGGUGGUGUCUUCCUUGCUUUGAAGUCGGACAAUUUCCACGACUUCUUCACCGAAUAUGUACCAUACGGCGAAGAGUCCGUUCUUUACUUCGAGGAACGCGAUUUUUACCGUCGUUUCCCCAAUGCCACGAGACACACCAACCGUCUUCCUCCCAUCCACAAGGAGGAAGCGCAAAGAGUCACUAUUCCUAGCAAGAGCGGAUUGUCUUGGAAGGUUACAGAGGAAGAAACCGACGGUGCUAGCCUGACUCAGAAAGGACCCCAUAACAGCGCUGUUGACGUGUCCAAGGAUACUUCUGCCUCUAAAACCGUAACCAAGGCCAAGGAAGACCAUGCCGAGAAGAAGGCUCCUGUUAAGAAAGAGAAAGAGGCUGCGGCUCCUACAGCACCCAAGGAAGAACCCAGGAUUCCUGCCAUCGCCACACCCACGACCCUUGAGUUGAUUAAGGUCGAAGGUGCCGAUGAACCGGUCGUUCAGGAACUUGUUAGAAUAUUCAACGAUAUAAUUACAGUUAUUGGCGCUGAUGAGGGUGCUGCUGCCAAAUACGCUGCACCUGUCUCCAGAGUCCGUACUGAGCUGGAAAGCAUUGGCGAAAAGAUUAUCUCCCUCCGCGCCGAUGCUGAGAAAGCAGCCAAGGAAGAAGUUGAAAAGGCACAUGCGCUUUUCGAUGAAUCCGCCAAAAAGCUCAUGCAGCAGAUUGAACAGGCUCGUGCCGCAGAGGCCGCCCAAUUCCGCGAAGAAUUCGAAGCUGAGCGGGAAAAGCUUGUGCGCGCAUACCAGGAUAAAAUUCAGACCGAACUUUCAAGAGCACAGGAAUUGGCUGAGCAACGCUUGAAGAAUGAGCUUGUGGAGCAAGCAAUCGAGUUGAACCGCAAAUACUUGAACGACGUCAAGGAAUUGGUUGAGCGGGAACGUGACGGUCGUCUUAGCAAGAUCAGCGAGUUGACCGCCAACGUCAGCCAGCUUGAGAAACUCACCACAGACUGGAGCGACGUUAUUGAAAGCAACCUGAAAACCCAACAACUCCAGGUCGCCGUUGAUGCUGUUCGUUCAGUACUGGAAAGCUCUACCGUUGCCAAACCUUUCGUUCGCGAACUCGUUGCUGUGAAGGAACUUGCUGCUGACGACCCAGUUGUCGCCGCCGCCAUUGCAUCCAUCAACCCUACUGCCUACCAGCGCGGUAUCCCUACAUCUUCCCAAAUCAUUGAACGAUUCCGCCGCGUUGCCGGCGAAGUCCGAAAGGCUAGCCUCCUUCCCGAGGAUGCCGGUAUCGCCAGCCAUGCCGCCAGCUUUGUUCUCAGCAAAGUCAUGUUCAAGCGCGAUGCUGUGACCGACGGCGAUGACGUCGAGAGUGUGCUUGUGCGAACAGAGAAUUUGUUGGAAGAAGGAAACCUUGACGCAGCUGCUCGAGAAAUGAACACACUCCAGGGCUGGGCCAAGAUUUUGAGCAAAGACUGGCUUKCGGAUGUACGACGCGUGCUUGAAGUGAAGCAAGCUCUAGAGGUGAUGGAGACCGAGGCUCGUCUGCAAUGUCUACGAGUCGAGUCUUGA